AUGAUCAGGCUCUUCAUACUUCUACAGGCUCUGGCGCUCUCUUCAUCAGGUAACCAUCACAAUAACCUUAAAAACGAACCUCGUCAGACUUUAACAGGUAACCUGGUUCUUUUACUUUUUUCUCGCAGAACUCUCAAAGAACAAAGUUGAUCAGACUCCGACAGCGCUGAUCAAACACCCUGGAGAAACAGUCCUGCUGAGCUGCAACCAUUCCAACCCCAGUUUUGAUAUGAUCCAGUGGUACAAACAGUCGGCUGAGGGACAGGACUUGGUUCUGCUCGCCUUUGUGCGAUUCUCUUAUAGAGAUGUUGAAGACCAGUUCAAAGAUCUGUACAACGUGAGCGGGACAGGUGGAAGUCAGUCGAGUCUUCACAUUUUAAAGCUGAGCGGAUCAGAGGAGAGAGCUGUGUAUUUCUGUGCCGCCAGUGAUGCACAGCGCUGCAGAAACCCUCAACCUUGAACAAAAACCUGCUCCGCUGCAGACAGACAGACAGACAGACAGACGAGACCACAGUACAAACCGCAAAAUAACUAUAAACCACUUUGUUACAGCUGGACUGACAUGAGACAGAGAGAUCAUUUUUACCCAUCAGGGUGCAGUGUUUCUCCACAGACGUUCAGAGGAGGAGUCACUUCCUCCUCCUGACUUUAUUGAAUAUUCAUACUCUGAAACAGGAGGAUGUCACAUGAUAAGGGGAUGAAAGUGCUCUUCACUGUGGAUCUGUUCAUCUAUUGAAUGAUGAUUUUCAUACUUCCUCUCUCUGCUGUAUUUUUACACCUCCCACCCCACAGACUGACUCUGACUCCACUCUCUGAGAUCAUUGGUCUCUAAACACAGCGAUGACGAUCACAGCUGGUCUCAUCUACGUCUCUGCAGCUCUGCUCAGUAUCACAGGUACUCUAUGAAGAGUCAUUAAGUACGAUAUAUUCUGAGAUGUUAAUCGAUCUGUGAGAUGAUGUGUGAUUUUUACCUUCCACAGGUGUAAUCCAUGGAGGUGACGUCGAUCAGGACCUCCAGAUUUGGAGGAAAGAGGGUCAAAAUGCUACGAUGGCCUGCAGUCACAAAAAAGAUGCAACUUAUUUCCAGAUGUACUGGUUCAGACAGCUGCCAGGGAAGAGGAUGGAGCAGAUAGUCCUCACAACCACAUCUCCACCGUAUGACUAUUUCCCCGGCUUCAGUAAGGACAAAUUUCCUGCAGAGAGACAGUCCGUUCAGAACGGCUCUCUGACGGUGGUGAAGCUGCUGCCUGCAGACGGGGGAGUGUAUUAUUGUGCUGUAAGCCAGCACAGUGAUACAAGUGGUUCAGGCAGAUGCACAAAUACCCCACUAAUGAAAAACAGACAUCAGAGAUUUAAUGAAACCUGAAGGGGGCGCUCCAAACCUGUAUGCAAGGUUGAAGAGUGUGUGUCCUCUUAUUAUACACCUAUUUUCAAUUUGAAACCAGUAACAAAAGGUCAUUUUCACCACCGAGUAACAUCCACUCUUCUUCAGAAAAAAGAUGUAAAUGUCCCUGGACUGAGAAGACAAAGUUCCUGAGAGUUUACAGUGAAAUGUUGUCUUACUGAAAUAUGAAGGUCUUCUCUGAAAGAGUCGUUGUCUGGAUAGUUUCUAAAAAUAUUGCAGAGGAUAUCAGGAAGUGAUAGAGGACUACAGCAGUGAAGACAUGAUGGUUCUGAUGCUGAAACAGGAGGAUGUUGUUCUUUGGCACCACCCACCUCAGUUUACUGAAACGAGGUCUUACUGAGGAGGAGUGAAGAAAUCACAGAUGAACCAACAUCUUAAAAACAGCUCUGACAGAAGAGAGUGACUUCAGGAUGAUCCGUGUCUGCUGCUUCGCUUUGAGUCUCUUACUGUUUUCAGGUCUUAACAUGUUUUUUACUGUCAAAGAGGUUCAGGAGAUAAAAAUGAUCAUGUUAAACUUCUGUCAGAUCUUUAUAAGUCAGUCUGAUCUUCUCCACAGGUUCCUCUGUGAGUGUCAAAGUCACACAGACUCCAGCAGAUCUGUUCUACACACCAGGAGACACGGCCAGAAUCAACUGUUCUCAUGAUGAGAGUAGAUACGAUCAAAUCCUCUGGUAUAAGAAGACAAACGGCACACAGAUGCAGUUACUGGGGUUCAUGUCCUUUACAACAGGAUAUCCAGAGGACAAAGUGAAUGUGACCUUUGAAGGUGGAGCGAGCAAAGACCAGAACUGCACAUUAAUCAUUGAAAAAGUCGACCUGAGCAGCAGUGCGGUGUAUUUCUGUGCUGCGAGUGUACACAGUGCUCUACAUCACUGCUCAUCAGUACAAAAACCUCCUCUUCAUUACAGCCCACAGACUCCUGCACCUGGAUCUCUCCCCUUCAAAGAGUUGUCGUGA